AUGCAAGAAUCAUUUGACAUACAUAGAAGAGUACUUAAUUUACUAACUGGUCGAUGGAUCAGCCCGAAUGGAAAGCUAUUCCAGAAGUUGAUUCGCGAAGGUUAUAAAUAUGCUGAUAGACUUUCGGAUUAUUUAGAAGAUAUUGGGACUAUGUAUGUUGGUGAAUUCGAAUUGGACCCUUUAGUAGACUUCUACCACCCACUAUCUAUUUUAGCGAGUAGAGCGGAUAUUCGUAAAAACUUUCCUAUUAGUGUAGAAUCUGCUGUUGUAGGAGGAAUGAGAUUAACUUGGGAGCAAGAAGAGACCAAAGCUUGGAGGGAUGACGUACUUAAAAAAUUCCUCUAUCACCCAAAUUUAGUACUUUUAAGAUAUAAACUGAAUGCAUUAUAUGACGCAUUCACAAAAGCAGAUGUUUUAGAGUCGGAGCAUGUAUUAGCUCUAUCACAGCUACUCGGUUAA